AUGAUCUCAUCUACUCCUAGGCGCAGGAUCACAAAUAAGGCCUUGGACCGUGCUAGAACCACACCUCUCCUUGUCGCAUGUCGUGAAACAAACAAUGCAUGUGUUGAGUUUCUACUCUCAAGAGGGGCCAAUGCAUCCGCUGAGGAUGCUGAAGGAAUUACAGGUCUCCACUUGGUUUGCCAAAAUGAAAACGGAUCUCAAAUUGCAAAGGUCCUCAUUGGCGCAGGUGCCAACGUCAAUGCCACAAACGAGUACGGGCAGACUCCACUACACUUGCUCUGCUGGAUUGGUGAGAGCAGCUCCCUCGGUCUUCUCAUAGAGGCCGGAGCAAAUGUCUCUCUGAUGGACGAUUUCGGCGACAUACCUCUGCAUUGUGCUGCGGAAUGCGGAUUUGAAGAAACUUCCACGCAAUUGGCGAUGCUGAACGACUUGAUUGAAGUCGGAGCAAAUCCAAAUAUCCGGAACGAGGAAGGAAAUUAUCCACAUACGGUUGCUUCUUCUGUGGAAGCGAGGGACAGGUUGCAAAGGGAAAUCAGGUUGAGAUAUGUAGUGACAGUGUCGGAAAAACUGUGGAGGGAGAUUUCUUUGUGGCGUGUGAUUUUUGCUCACUCCCAGCUUGUAGACCUUGCUAUGAGCAUGAAAGGAAAGAUGGAAAUCGAUCUUGUCCUCAAUGCAAGACAAAGAGACACAAGGCUUGAGUUUACUUGUGAAUGUCUGGGAUCUGAUUGUGUCUUUCACUCAUUGAUAGAUGUUUCUGGGGAGUUUUCUGCUGCUUCACCUGAACGCCAAUUUGCAUCUUCUUCUAUAGCUGGUGAAAAGCGGCUUCCCUAUUCCAAACAGAAGGACAAUGCAGCUGGGAAAGAGAGGUUCACAGCUGGACAUUGGACAAUGUUGCAGGAGAACACACCCGGUCUUCCCAGCGCACUUAAGCUGCUUCCAAAAGGGGUGCAGGGGAUAAUGAUGCCAGCACUGAUCUCUUCACCAAUGAUGCUUUCCCUGAAUGUGGAAGCUAGGCCUACCGAAUGGCUGCGGUUCCUAAUCAUGUGUCUCUUCUUACAUUAUCGUAUCACAAAUCCAAUGCCAAAUGCAUUUGCUCUUUGGCUGGUUUUGGUGAUACGUCCAUAUCAUGGAAUUUGGGUCAGUUCCCCUGAUUGGUUUCCUGUUAACCAAACGGAGAAGGAGAACAAAUUCAAGAAGGUAAGUAGUGUGGUUCCAGAUGAAAAUGAUUUUGUUGAUGCCGUCCUUUCUCUCAAGAUCGUGUCUGCAAACUCGUCCUGUGUGUUCAUGGUCAUUUCUUCAGAGACAAGCUUUUCGGACAAGUUCUCUAAGAAUAAUAGGGAUUACUAUUCUCCGGGUACACUAGAUGAAGUCACUUAUGCAAGAGAGACGAUAGACAAUAUCUCCCAGAACUGUGUGCAGCUACUGAAGAAGGAUGAUGACUGUGUAUCACUGGACCAGUGGAAGUCCCUGAAAGUGGCUGCUCUUGCGUGUAGGUUUACUGUUACAAAGAGAUGCAAUCCUAGUUUGGCUUAUCUCCAGAAAGUCAAGCAGUACAUGGCGAAUUUGGAAGAUGAUGCUGCAACUUUGAAGAACUAG